UCGGCCUUUCAGGGAACACAGGGAUCAAACGUAAGAAUUUUGUCAGUUCUCUAACUGAUACAGAAAGUCGUAGACCAAAAACAAUUCAUUACAAAAUAUUACCGUACCAAAAAGACCAUGCUUAUAAAAGUCAAGACACUAACUGGUAAAGAGAUAGAAAUAGACAUAGAGCCAAAUGACAAGGUAGAAAGAAUAAAAGAAAGGGUUGAGGAAAAGGAAGGCAUCCCACCUGCACAGCAAAGACUAAUAUUCAGUGGAAAACAAAUGAAUGAUGAAAAGACAGCUCAAGACUAUAAAGUUACUGGAGGAUCUGUUCUACAUUUAGUAUUAGCUCUUAGAGGUGGAUACUGAGAAAAGUAAUAACUUCAUAUUCAACUAUUGUUGCCAGUAAAAUUGGUAGCAAAUGGAAAUGUUUGUUAUAGAGAAACAGAGAAGAAGCCUAACAAUGAUACCUUGUAAAAACUUAAAGUGAAUUCCAGUGAGGAAGAGCAUGUAGCUUCAGCUUUGUUAUAUUUACAAGAAACUUUUGUCCAAUGUAAAUAGCUUCAAGAUGAAGUAAUGUGUUUAUGUCAACCUGUAAUUAUUGAUCAAAAGUUGCUUCUUGUUAAGUUGCUUCCUGUUACUUUGAUUUAACAAAGAUA